GGAUGACAUUUGUAUCACUAAGAAGAUACGUUUGAACGAUUUUUUUACGAAACCACAUGAAUUAAGUUUGUUCUAUUUCUUCUCGAGGUUUUGCUUUUAUUUCUCAAAUUUUUCUGCACAUGACCUGUAUUUGGAAUCUAUCUAACGAUCACUCAUCGAAAGAGCUGGAAUAAAAUAAACAUAAUAACAAUAGGCUAAGUCUUUUCAACGGUGAUGCGGGUGAUACACAUUCACUAUUUCAUCGUCUUGCUUAAAAAUAAUGGAGAAAGAACAGGAAUACAUAGCAGUUUGUCUUAAUUUGACUAAAGAUACUUGAUGCAGCACAAGACCGAAAGCCAAAAUGACUUGUUUUUUCAUUGUGGUCCAGUCUGUGAAUUUGCUACGUUGUUUGGGGUUUCAUGUUGUAAUUUUUGUUAUCUUACUUUGGCGAAUUAUACGGAGUACGCACGUGCAGCACUGGAUCCCUAGUAAAGACGAUAUGGUUCAUCACGUGGCCAGUGGAUCUUCGUUGUCCACUCUUUAUUUACCACCUACACAAAACAUGCGCUUUCACGUGACAAUUGAUUCAAGUCUUUACCAGUUUGCUAGAACAAAAAGAGAGUUGAUUCUCGAUAAGCUAAUUCCAGAAGCUUUAGAUUACUUUCAUAAAACGUUGAAAGUUCGACCAUCUAAACUUCCAAUAAGGCUGCAGAGAAAGUGUCGUGAUCGCCUAUAUUUCUUAAAAGAUGUGAAAGGACAGAAAAAAGGAGAUACAAUAUUUUGUAAAGAGGAAUGUGUAAAAACUUACUGUGGUCCAGUUGAAAUACCUCAAGAACAUCUUUCAUCUUGCAAAACAUGCAAUGAUCGAGGUUUAUCAUGCAAGACGCAUGAACAAGAUAAAAAAGGUAUUGAAAAUGUAGAUUUCAUUCUGUACGUUUCAUCUCUACCCUCGCAGCACUGUGCAAAUUCAAAAACCGUUGCUUAUGCAUCAUACUGUCAACAAGAACAUAUCUUGGAUAGACCGAUCGCUGGCUUUGCUAACAUUUGUCCUAAUGGAGUUAGCCAUGAUUCACUUCAAUAUCCGAGUCUUUUAGCAAUGAUGAAACACGAAAUUUUUCACGCUCUAGGGUUUAGUGUCGGACUAUAUGCAUUUUAUAGGGAUAGCAAAGGUCGACCGUUGACAGCAAGAGACGCAUAUGGUUUACCACAAUAUAAUAACGAUACCAAUUUAUUUCAGUGGAAUGAAAAGAUUGUGAAAAAAUUCACGCGAAAAAAUUGGGAAACUUCUCAGGGAAUGAGAGAACAUGAUGUGCUAAUGAUAGUAACUCCUAAGGUAAAAGAGGAAGUGAGAAAGCACUUUCGUUGCAAUUCUUUGGAAGGAGCAGAGAUCGAGAAUCAGGGAUAUUUUGGGACUCGUUGGACUCAUUGGGAAAAGCGUAUAUUUGAGAAUGAGGCGAUGACUGGAACAUACACUCAGAACCCUGUUUUUUCACGUAUUACCUUAGCGUUAAUGGAGGAUACUGGUUGGUACGGAGUUAACUAUGAUAUGGCUGAAGACUUAGACUGGGGUAAAAAUCUAGGUUGUAAAUUUGCUCAACACAGUUGUCGAACUUGGAUGAGACUUCAAUUGAAGAAUAGAAUUCGGCCAUCGCCAUUUUGUUACCAAAUCAAACAAAAACCAUUGCAUUCUCGUUGUACACAUAGCAAUGAUGCAAUGGCCUUGUGUAAUCUUGUGAAAUAUUCCAAAAAUCUACCUCUAGAAUACCAAUAUUUUAAUCAUCUCACAAGAAAUAAUCAAUCUGUAAUUUAUGACGCAAAAUCAUACGGUGGAGCUGUCUCUUUAGCCGACUACUGUCCGUUUUUCCAGAAGUUCCGUUUGAAAAAUCGUGCCAAUAGAGCUAGAGAAACUGUUUGUCGGUUACGUGAAAAUAGCCCGGAUUAUUACGACAAUUUUGCCUUAGAAAGUUACGGUGUGAAUUCAAAAUGUAUUGAACAAGCAAGCCGAUGGAUUGCACAAAGUGAACAAUAUAUACGUACGAUGAUAGAUUGGGGAAGUGGUUGUUACGAGUAUGAAUGUAAAGAUGAUAACUUAUAUAUUUAUGUUUCUGGAGUAAAAUACAAAUGUAGAAAUUAUGGUCAAGUUUUAUACAUAAACAGCACUCUUGGCAAAUGGAGCAUUCAAGGAUCAUUACGUUGUCCUCAUAGUAAAGAAUUUUGUCCUAGCUCUUGGGUUCUCCAUAAAACUCAAUCGUCAGAAAAUUUUACAAUGCAUUAUGAAAUUACUGGACACAGUAAGAGUGAUGGAAGCCACAGAAGUUUUCAAAUGUUCACCUCUAUAAUAAUAUUAUAUUAUCUUAUGUUAAUGUACUAUUCUAUUGAUGUUCUUUAAUUUCCUUAAUUUCUUUAAAUGUAAUUUUUGUACAAAAAUUGUCGUAAACUGCAAUCUCGAUUGUCAGACUACAUUAAAGAAUUCAGAGAACAAUUCUACAACUUUUAAUGUCACAUCCUCGUUGUUGUAUUGUUGCGAUACUACAAACGCUACACGACGUAAUUUAAAUCCAAUACAGAUUUACAAGCUCAUUUUGAUAAAAUUAACGAUGAAUAAAUUACAUCAUUUACGUUUAUUUUUAGAUUGUUUAUCAAA